UCCUCGUUUUACAAUCUCAAUCAGUUCCUCUUCACUCUCUUCCUCGAUGGCGACAUGUAAUUUUAGUGCGAGAUGGACUUGUGUGCUGCUCGUUGCUCUCCUCUCUGUCUUCUGCGUCAUUCCCUUAGUUCAUAGUGAAGACAUCCAUCUGUCUGUGAAUGGAUCCCUGGGUCAGUCCGUUUCCCUACCAAUGGUGAUCCAUAACAGAUCAAUGGAGAUUGAGAUUGUCUGGAUUCAACCUUCACCCAGAAUCAAAAUAGCAAGAUAUAUGGAUGGGAAUGUGAAAUAUUUUGGCAGUGAGGAAUAUAAGAAACGGAUACAUUUGCACCCUGAGAACUUCAGUCUUCAAAUCAAUGACUUACAGAGGGAAGAUGCUGGGAACUAUGAGGUAAUUGUAACACCAGAUUCGGGAAAGGAAAUAUCUGAGAAAGUUCGACUGGCCGUGUACGAGCCUGUGACAGGAGCUGCCAUCCGUGUUGUAAACUCUACCACGUGGAACUGCAAUGUGACCCUGAGGUGCUCAGUAACAACAGGCAGUAACGUCAGCUUCACCUGGUGGACAGGACAAGAAAUAUCAGGAAAUGACAGCGCCCAUCGUCUCUCGGAAUACAGAGAGAGUUUGCAGAUUUCGUUCACAGGGGAAACCGAUGACAGUGUUGUCAGGUGUGAGGCCAGGAAUCCAGUCAGUCACGGGACUGCAGAGAUAAUUCUGAAAGAUGUCUGUAAUGGAAAUGUACCUGAGUUAUCAACAGGCUCAUCUUACUUGCAACUGCUUCUGGUUAUACCUUUACUAGUUAUCACACUGUGCUUGGUAUGUUUUUUGAUGAAACGAGCUGCGUUGAGGAAAACAUGUCUGUGUUGUGAAGCUUCAAAAAAGCAGCAAGAGAUGCAGGAUAUGGACAACACAUUCACUGUUUACUCACAAGUGCAACCAAUAACUAGACAGGAACGAAAUCACCUUCCUCCUGAAGGAAAUGAAACGAACGUGAUGCGCCAUGAGACCGAUGAGCUACCAAUGACAGUGCAUGUUACCGUCAAGCCACAUGGAAACCAAGGCCUUACAAAGAAAAUGUGAGGGAAUUCUCAUCCAGUUCAAUCCAGGAUAAGCUCAGAUCCCUGCUUGCUCUCUACUUUGUGAGCUCAACCCAGCCUGGGUCAACAAGAAGGGAGGAUGGGAUUUAGUCCUGAGCCAUAGAUCAAAGAAAAUUCCACUCUUCCCACCUCACCCGUUCUAGAUUUUAUAAAUUUAAAAAUCACACAACACCAGGUUAUAGUCUAACAGGUUUAUUUGGAAGUAUUAGCUUUCAAAG